CGCGCAGGCCCCACCUAUAAGUAACUGCCAGUGCGGCGGGGGCCUACUGUACUCUUCUUUAUUCUUUAUUCCUGGAGGGAAAAUCCACCUCCUCAACAUUCGAAGCCCUCGUAGCGCGAGAGAGCGAGAGUGGGCGGAGAUCGGCGUCGUUUACGGUUUCUAAGCGAUGAGGACGGAGGAUAUGCGUACUUAUGUUGAGCAUUUAACUUCUGAACUAAAACAACGGGCGGGAUCAAGUGAAUGUCAGAGUUUGGGCAGUUCUCAAUAUCCAUCUGGUCGAUUUCGAAGGGUCUCUGUUGGGAUCACCGUUGAGAGAUGCCCAAAGAAGGGAUCUGGAACUAUAAAAGAAGAUGGUGCUGCAUUGGCUGCUUGGGAGAGAGUGUCUUUAUCUCAAAAUAAUGUUUUAGAAGAAAACAGAGGACCUGGAAUUGCAGAAGCCUCUGAAGGAAAACGGCCAGCUAAAGAUCAGAAGGCUUCUGCAUGGUUCUCUACAAGAUCUGUUUGUCAUGAAACACCAACUACAGAGACCGUGCAGAUCUUUGCAAAUAGGGCUUCGGUACUACAGUCAGAUGAUGUUGUGCGCAAAAAAUUUGAGACUGUUGCCUUCAGAAAAAAGAGAGAGAGAGAUGGAAAUAGUGAAAGGGUGGAAGGAGUUGCAUUUACUACCAUGCAAGAAAUGCAUGUGCCAGAUAAAGGUUCUAGCAGAAAACAUCCUGAGGGAGUGAACAAGGGCAAUAAUGAAACUCUGAGAAUGAAGCUGUGGGAGAUACUCGGUGCUGCUUCACAGAACCAGCAAAAUAUGAACUCACUAAGCGUUGAAAACCCAUUAUUGGAUAUAAAUCUUAAAAGGGAAACCCAGAUGGACAAAUCAGAGAAGCUUAAGCAGACCCCCAAUAUGAUUGAGACUGAUUCUGAAAGCCCAAAUCAAACCAUAAGAAGACCUGUUACUCACUCCUUAGCAAGUAAGAAAGUGCCAUCAACUACAGGGCACAAACUGCAUGGUCAGGUUAGCUCUAGAAAGAGGCCUUUGUUCUCCUCCAGCUCAGGUUCUAAACCGCAACUUGAUGGGAAGAACAUCUUUUCCUUUGAGGAAGGUGAACGGAAAGAACAAAGCUUAGAACAGCCUGUCAGGUUUAGGAAGAGAAGUGAACAGAAGAAGGUUGGAAUUGAACCUCGGAGGAUUUAUUUUCCUAAACAACCGGCUUCAGACGAGAGAGUGCAGACUGAUAGUAAAGAACAAACACUGCAAGCUCCUGAUAAAGCUUCACCACAAAGCAAGGAAAAAGCACAUUCCCCUUCUCCGCCAGGUCAGGGUCAGAAAGACAUUUUGCAAACAGCUGCUAAAGUUCCAGAUGUUAAUCAUUCACAAAGAGCAGCACACAAACAUUUGGCCAGUCCAUCACUAACAUGUUAUGCAGGAGCUCAUGAAUAUAAUGGUAGCUCAUUCGUGGAAAGGAAAACAUGUUCAUGGGAACAUUUGAACAGUUCACCAGUGCCAGAUGAUGCCUACCUGCACAAGAGGGUUGCUAGUCCAUCAGUGGCAAGGAAUAGUAAUCCCUUGAAUGACUUUCAGUGUCCAAAUUUUGCUAUGAAUGCAAGUAUGCAAACUCCUUCACCAAGAAGUGAACUGCCAAAUGAGGCUUUCUCUAGUCCUGUACCAGUUAAGAAUAGAAUGUUGACAAUAAAACUUUAUAGCUCUAACAUUCUGGGCAACUCCAGAAGAAAAUCUUAUGGUUCAGAUGCAGAAACAGAAACAUCUGUAUCCUUCUUCUUGCUAUUUUCUGAGUACUGUGUUUGGAUUGCUUGA